AAAAUAGUAUUUUUGUUUAGUCUGCUUUGUUAUUGGGGUGUGUUUUCUUUUUUUGUUUUUGUUUAUAUUUUUAUGGUUGGCACGCUAAGUUAGAUAGUUAGAUAUGGAAGUAGCUAUUUGUCAUUUUUGCGAACAUCACGGGCCGAGUGUAAUUUUUCACACUCGGUUGGUGACUGAAACUGAUAGUUAUACCUCCAGCCAACUGUCAACCCCACCAGCACCAAUUUGCUGCACGGCAUGCAAUCCUUUUGGAAAUGAUCAUCCAGGAUAUACAAGCAAUGAAGCCACUAGCAACAAAUCAACUAUCAGUUCAAAUAGGUACACUUCAGACAUUGUGAAAAACCAGUUGCAACAGGCAUGUUUCAGGAGCCUGAGUUCUGAGGUGAGCCCAUCCAAAGAAGGGCCAAUUUUUUUCAGUGAUUCAGGCAUUGACAUUCAUGUCAUUUCCCACACGUUUUUCCUCAAAGACUCUUCAGCAAGAGGGUUCCAGAGAUGGUUUAGUGUCAUUGCCUUAGCCAAUGAGAGUGCUAUCUUGCUGAAGCUGUGGAACACACUUGUUCCUGAGAUGAAAGAAAUCAUUAAAGAUCUACAGCAGAUGGCAGCCGAAGUUUACAAAAGAGAGGAAGAGCAGUGCUCACACAGGAUGCUGCGAAGCAAUUUUCACAUAGCUAAUGUUGGGGCAGCAAGGUCUCUGCAAGAUAUUUCAGGCAAUCCAGCCAUUCUGCUCAAGUUGCACAUCCAGUUCUCACGAUUGAUCUUGCUUGCCAACUGCACUCCCAAUCAAGUAAUAAAAUCAAAAGUUGUAGAAGCUACAACCAAUAAAAUAGAAGACAGUGUUGCGGCCUUAAUCAAAAUUUGUGAAGAAAUCGGACCUCACUUUAAAGCUUUCGCCAGGCACAUUUUGAAGGGAGGAUCAACAUCCAUAUCUUCAGAUGAUUUAUGUGUUAAAGAAAGUUGUAUCAGUGCUCUUCAAUACCUAGUCCCAGUGCAAGCUUCCAAAAACUUCAUUAUUGCACAACACACACUUCAAACUACGUCUCAACCGUGUCUUUUGAUAUCUAACAAAGGUCACUCAAUCACCUGUAUACUUAAUAACUGUGAAGGGUAUAAUAAAGCAUCAUGUAUUGUAAAUCGAUUGGAGAACAUCUUGUUGGCGGAGGACGUCUCGCCAUCAUUCAUCCAUAAGCAGAUAACAAACAUUCGAGAACAAUUGCUUUUUGCAGCAAAAAAAAUGCAAGAGUUGAAGAAUGCGGAUCAGAACAAGGUGCUACAGUUUUUUCAAUCUUUUGGAUAUGAUACUGGAGACCUUGACAUUUUUCAUCACUGGAGCUUAUACUGUUGAUGAAUCUGGUUCAUUUUGUUGGAUUUGAGCCUCCUUGUGUACAUUUCUUUUGUGGACAGUCAAGUCAUACUUGACCCGAAAGCAUUUGGAGCACUUCUCACACAUGUAAGGCCUUUCUUGACUAAAAAAAAAGUUAUAUAUAUAAAUAGUACAUUGUUACAAAAUAGUUAGCCUUUACAGUGUUUAUGUGCAUCAUACCUGUGUGUCUUGCAGUGCUUUGCCAAUCCCAAUACAUUGUUGAAAGAU